AUGAGUGAUCCAUCGGUUAAUGAGGAAACUAUUCUUUAUUUAAACAAAACUAUUGAUAAAAUCAAAAAUCAGCAAUGGAAACAGGUUAUCAAAGAAUACAUAGGAUUUGUUAUUGAACAAAGCAAGAACCUUUCAUGGAGUGAAUUUGAGUAUUGUGUUGUUUUACCAUUUAAAAUGAUAAAAGAUGAACAGAUUUCCGUAUUUAUUAAAUUUCCUAAAAUUAGAGAUAGUUCCCAAGUGAUGAGUUUCAUAAAAACCCAAAGUGAUUCUAAUCAAAAACAGUAUGAAAAGAAAGUUUUAUUUCUUCCUUUGUCAUGUCCUAAACGUGUCAUUAAAGAGAUCAUAGAAGAUGACUUCUUUUCUAGAGAAUGGGAUAUCCUUCUUGAUAAAAUUGUUGUAGAUCAAUUACCAUCACCAAAAUGUCUUCAAAUUAUUAAACAACUACAAAAAUACCAUUUGUUUCAUGAACUUAUAUUACCGAAUCAAGUUACCUUAACACAACAAAUUAUUCAACAACACACUCUAUCAAAGAUUGCUAUUUCAGAAUUAUUUACACAAAACUCAAGAGGGUUAAUUGGAAUGUUUGAGUCUCAAAGGAAAGAAAACCAAAAAGAAGAUACUACCACCAUCACUACUAAUACUGAGAAUUCUCAACUUCUAAAAAGAGAAAGAAGGCUUUCUCUUAUUAGAAUGGAUUAUGACAAAGUUUCUAAAGGACUUGGGUCAAAAGAGAGUAUUUAUAAAGACAACCCUAAUAGUGUUAGUACUUUUGAUAGAAAUCAUUUGUUAGAAGAAAGAGGUGAAAAAGGGUUAUUAACAUCAUCCUUUGUACCUGCAAGAAUAAUUAAAGAAAAUGACCUAAAUAAUGAAUCAUUAAAUACCCUUGAAUGGAACAUUCAAAACUCUUAUUACACAACAGACCCUUCCUACAGAAAUAAAAGAAUAAGAUUACUUAACAUACCUUUAUCAGAAGAUUUUGAUUUUCAAAGAUUUUAUAAAGCUCAAACUAAUUACUCAACUCCUGAACAAACAAUCCGGUUUCAUCGUAUCGACAGUUUACUAAAAGCUAAAAAAACACGAAAAGAAGAAUUAUUAAAUAUGGAAGAAGUUAUUGAUACCUUGUCCUUUGAAAAACUCCCAUUAUGUUCAAUUUUUCAUUGA